UUGUGCAUUUGUGGAAAAUGAAGUAGGCCUUGUGGGUGGGUACAUACGCCAAUGAAUGCUUCCUUCUUGAGCCAAAGAGAAAGGUAGAUUUUGAAAAGCACUUGCACAGAGCAAAUUGGCGCGCGCACGGUGUAUACACGCAGGCAUGUAUCAAUCAAGCCCAACACACACAGGCUAAGCCUUACGUCGCUUCAUGUGCAAUGAGGCACGACUCGGACAGACAUUUGGUCAUCUUUACACCUCUUUACCAUCUAUCUUACGCCAUCGCCAUAAGGACAAAAGAAACCACAUCUGGCACAACUGCAAUCAUACGGUAACCAAGUCGAUUUAGACAUACCUCGCGCCUGGUUGACACAUAUAGAAGACCUUUUUACGCCGGCAUCACGAAAUACAAGAGCAUUCUCCAUAUACUUCUGUAUCAACACAGUUCCAAAAGAGGAGACGAAUAAACACACUCAUCCUACACACCAACAACAAUGGUCGACGUUUCAGAACAAGAUCAAUGGAUCGCCCAUUUGAGCGAUUGCAAACAAUUGUCAGAGAAUGACGUGAAAAGAUUGUGCGAUAAGGCAAGGGAGAUCUUAUUGGAUGAAUCAAACGUACAACCUGUCCGAUGCCCUGUCACCGUUUGUGGUGAUAUCCAUGGACAGUUCCAUGAUCUUUCCGAAUUAUUCAGAAUCGGAGGAAAUUCACCCGAUACGAAUUACCUCUUUAUGGGUGAUUACGUCGAUAGAGGUUAUUAUUCCGUUGAAACUGUUACUUUGUUGGUUGCACUCAAAGUACGAUAUCGCGAUCGAGUCACCAUCCUUCGUGGUAAUCACGAAUCUCGUCAAAUCACUCAAGUAUACGGAUUCUACGAUGAAUGCUUGCGCAAAUACGGAAACGCAAACGUUUGGAAAUAUUUCACAGAUUUGUUCGAUUACCUUCCUUUGACCGCAUUGAUUGAUGAUCAAAUCUUUUGCUUGCAUGGAGGUCUUUCGCCUUCCAUCGAUACCCUUGAUCAUAUUCGCUCUAUCGAUCGUAUUCAAGAAGUGCCACACGAAGGACCAAUGUGUGACCUGUUAUGGUCCGAUCCCGAUGAUCGAUGUGGAUGGGGAAUCAGUCCACGUGGAGCAGGUUAUACGUUUGGACAGGAUAUCAGUGAAGCAUUCAAUCACAACAAUGGUCUAACACUCGUCGCUCGGGCGCAUCAAUUGGUCAUGGACGGUUUCAAUUGGUCACAAGAACGGAAUGUAGUAACAAUUUUCAGUGCGCCAAAUUAUUGUUACAGAUGUGGAAAUCAAGCUGCUAUUAUGGAAAUUGACGAAAACCUAAAAUACACCUUUUUGCAAUUCGAUCCUGCACCUCGUGCGGGCGAACCAUUGGUAUCAAGAAGGGUACCAGACUAUUUCUUGUGAUCGAAAAAGCAAACAUAGCAUUAAAAUCUGACGAGCACUUAGAGUUUACCCAAAGUGAAAUAUAAAAAAUUGUAUCUUUUUUACCACAUCAUUUCAUCUGAUAACGCAUUGCUUUAGAGAGAGA